AACAACGUAAACUGAAUCGUAUUUUUAUAGGUAUAUUAAUUCUGUAGAGUACGUCGUACAAAGUGUCGCACAUUAUAUGAAGUGACUAACUAUAACGUGUAAAUUAUCAUAUCAAAGUGUGAACCUAAAAUAAAAGUGGAACAGCAUAUUAUGUACAAUUUAAUUAUGCAUUUAUACAAUUAAAAAAUUUGGGAGUCGAAAAUGAGUCUUCACAAAGCCAGAAUUAAAGCAUUUGAGGACAUCUUAGAAGAAGAUGUAAUAAAUAUUGAACAGCUACAAAAGCUUGCUUUUAAUGGAGUACCAGAUGAAAAAGGUUUACGAUCUUUUGUUUGGAAGAUCCUACUGCACUACAUACCUCUUGAGAAGAGUGCUUGGGAAUCUACACUUCAAAAGAAACGGCAACUUUAUCAACAACUUAUAAAUGAAAUUAUCGUUUCUCCUGGAGGUCCGACUGAUCAUCCUCUUAACCUAAGUCCGGACAGUUCCUGGAGCACCUACUUCAAAGAUAACGAGGUCCUGCUCCAAAUAGACAAAGAUGUGAGGAGAUUGUGUCCUGAUAUCUCUUUUUUUCAAUCGGCCACCGAAUUUCCUUGUUCUGAGAUUGUAAACAGCAAUGGUGUCAAACGUCUGCACAAGCGGGUUGAACAGUCUGUAUUGAAAUAUUCAACUCUAGAACGAAGAGGACUCGGUGUUGCCAAGUUGAGCAACGAAAUCCGUCGCAGUGAAAGCAUCACUAGUGGGGACUACACUCCGUUGAAUGAGGGCUGCGAGGCACAUUGGGAGGUGGUGGAGCGCAUGCUCUUCCUCUACGCGAAACUGAACCCCGGCCAGGGCUACGUGCAGGGCAUGAACGAAAUAAUCGGGCCAAUAUACCACACCUUUGCAUCCGACUCUAACGUCAACUUUCGGAAACACGCGGAAGCAGACUGUUUCUUCUGCUUCACUAACUUGAUGGCGGAGAUCCGGGACUUCUUCAUACGCACCUUGGACGAGACUGAAAGCGGUAUCAACUAUAUGAUGACCAAGUUGUGCGAGUGCGUCAAAAAGAAUGACCGAGCUGUCUGGGACCGACUUGAGAAACAGGAGCUGAGGCCGCAGUACUACAGCUUCAGGUGGCUAACAUUGCUGCUUUCCCAGGAGUUUUCACUUCCUGAUGUAGAGAGGAUCUGGGACUCACUGUUUGCAGAUCCGCAGAGGUUCAACUCGCUCAUAUAUAUAUGCUGUGCCAUGAUCUUAUUGGUGAGAGACAACAUACUUAACGCUGACUUCGCGUCGAACGUGAAGUUGCUGCAGAACUUUCCACCGAUGGACGUAUCGUUAAUAUUAAACAAAGCAGUCGAAAUAUCAUCAGGUUAAUCUCUUUAUCAAAUGAAUGAUUUUUUAUUAAAACUUUUAUAUAAUGCGAUUUACUCUUUUAUAUGAUUAUUUUAGUUUUACUGUUUCAAAAGAAACGAAAGUCUAUAUCGAAUAUACUAUAUGUAGUGUUAAGGACAUUCCGAUAUAAGGCCCAAACGAUAUUAUGCUUAAAAAAAGAUUUAAGAAAAAUUAUUCGUCAGAUUCACGUUUUCUAAUCUAAAAGCAAACUAAUUUACAUUAUAAAAAUAGUUAUCUUUUUAAUUUUGCACUAUCAUAAAUAAUCUGGUACAAUUAUGAUAAAACGAUAAAUUAUAUUUAAAAACAAAUCAAUCUUAAAAAAUUUGCCUUGUUUCAUAAUUUUGUAUGUAUGUAUGAAUAGGCAUUCUAAUUGCGCAACUCGAAUAACAGAAGAAAAAAGACAAGACAAAUUUUCUUCAUCGUUCCAAAUUUAAAUAGAACCUCCUAUAAAUAUCGUCCAUUGAAAUUAAUCUUAAUGGCCGAAAAAAAAAAUCACAAACAUAAUACAGUCGAUUCGAAAAUAUUAUUAAAAAAAAAUGAAUGCCAUAUUUGUUUACGCUUUGUACAAUUUAUAAUAAUGUCGUCCAUAUUUUUAGUUACAACUCUGAAAAAUCUACAAAAAUCCAGUAAAUUUUUUUUUCUUAUAAAGUUCCUAACAAGGCCUAAAUCCGACUGCAAAAUAAUUUUCAGGUGAAAUCUUAAAAAUUAUUUAUACUAUAUACUAUAUACACUUUAUUAUUAUAUUGUUUUCUAGAUAAAAAAAAUGCUUGUAAAUUUAAUCAAUUUCAAAAUUAUUAUUUAUUUUUAUCUAUGCAAGUAUAUAUAUUUAAUUUUUUAAAUACAAAUAUUAAUUUGUCAAUAAAUAUGAGUGAAUUGUUUUACUAUCUUACCUUAGUAAGUUAUUAAAUGAAUUCUAUUCUACAUUCAAUAUGUUUUUUUUUUUUAUAAAUUUAUUUAAUUAAAAAAAAAGUAAUAUUUAUGAUAUUUACAAUUAUUUUGAGCAUGUCAGGGUAUUGUAUGCUUUUUUGUUAAGUGUAUGAAAUCAAAAUGAUUUCUACUGAUUCAAGCAAAAACAUCAUCAAUUACACUUUUUAUAUACAUAUCUAUUCAUAUAAAAAGAUAUUAAAUAUACAAUUCCAUUUUUAUGUAUCGUAUAGCAUUGAAAGCCAUGCAAGGAAUUUGUUAUUAUAUUAUUAUGCUACUCUGUUGAAUAUUUGUUUAUGAUUCAGUCGAAUUUGCUCUAUACAGUAGUUCAACUAUCUCUUUCUAAUGUGUAGAGGUGAGGGCGAUAACAAUAUUUUUUACCAUUAGUAGAGCUCUGUGCAUAUUUUGUAUUACUGUUUCUGAUAUGAACGGCGAGAGAAUGUUUAGGCUCAACGAUGAAAUGACGUCUUAAAUCAUGUUUCUGGUGGUGCAUAGACAAUAUAAGAAUUAAGAAUAGGCUACUUCUACUUAAAGACAGGAGUGUCUAUAGCCAAUCACCAAAGGGUGGACCACGAACCAUGAGCUCCUUCCUAAAAUAAACGUUAAUUGUAAGCUUUAUUACAUAAUUACCACUAAUGUUCAGAAAUAUUCACUGUUCCAAAAUAGCUAUUCGUUUUUGUACACACUUAUCUACAACUUUGUAACUUGUACGAUAUUGUAGUAUGUAAUUUCAGUUAUAUGACAUAGAAACAUAAGUAUAUGUUAGUUUUCUGAGAAUUAAAUAAAAUGAAAAAUAUCUGUACCCUUCUUAAAAUGUAGUAGUCCAGUCUAAAGCCGCAUGUUAAGAUAAUAGGUACGGUUCUAGAAAAAUAAAUGGUAGAAUAUUUUUUAACUAUUGUUAAAAAUAUAAGUAGUUCUUCUGUAGUGCAUCUAUGUUUUUUAUGAGAGCUCAAUUUUACCCAAAUUUCAAGAAUUUUUUUUACAAAAUUUUAUAAUUUCAUUGUUCCUUCGAUACCAUAUUAUUGUUACAUGGAAUUAGUUUGCAUUAUAAAUAUUAUUGAUAAUUGGGAAAUGAGGGCAUUAUUCACUUAAUUUUUUUAAUCCCUUGCCUAAAAUUCAAAGCUUUUUAAUGAAACAAAUCGUAAGCGUUUAUGUGUACGUAAAUAAAAAGCGACAAUAUGUCUUACUCUUAAUAGGUAUAUAUUAUUUAAUAAAUAUAAUAUUUUUUCUGUA